CCGAGGCGGAGCCAGGUCGGGCCGGGUGCAAGAUGUCGGCGCAGGGGGACUGUGAGUUCCUGGUGAAGCGGGCCCGGGAGCUGGUGCCGGGGGACCUGUGGGCGGCCAAGGCCUGGCUCAUCACGGCGCGGAGCCUCUACCCCGCCGACUUCAACAUACAAUAUGAGAUGUACACUAUUGAGAGGAAUGCUGAAAGGACAGCAUCUGCAGGCAGGCUGCUCUACGACAUGUUUGUGAAUUUUCCAGACCAACCUGCUGUAUGGAGGGAGAUCAGCGUUAUUACAUCCGCAUUAAGGAAUGACUCCCAGGACAAGCAGACACAGUUUUUAAGAGGAUUAUUUGAGACCCUUCCUGGUCGGGUCCAGUGUGAAAUGCUCCUGAAGGCAACAGAGCAGUGCUUUAACACAUUAGAAAGGGCAGAAAUGCUCCUUCUACUUCUGCGGCGUUUCCCAGAGACUGUGGUGCAACAUGGGGUAGGCCUUGGAGAAACGUUAUUAGAUGCUGAAAGUAUUGAAGACCAAGAAUCUCCAGUGAAUUGUUUUAGAAAAUUAUUUGUUUGUGAUGUUCUUCCUCUGAUAAUUAACAACCCUGAUGUACGACUUCCUGCCAGCUUGUUAUAUAAAUACCUGAAUAAAGCAGCAGAAUUUUAUAUUAACUACGUAACUAGAUCUACGCAGACAGAAAGUCAGUAUCAAGGUUCACAAGAUUCCUCUGAUAUUAUGUCUCCAAGCAAGCGCAGCUCUCAGAAAUACGUAAUAGAUGGUCUCACAGAGAAAUCAUCCCAGAUUAUAGAUCCUUGGGAGAGGCUAUUUAAAAUACUGUCUGUGGUGGGAAUGAGGUGUGAGUGGCAAAUGGAUAAGGGAAGAAGAAGUUUUGGUGAUAUUUUGCAUCGAAUGAAAGAUCUCUGCAGAUACAUCAGCAACUUCGAUAGUGAAGCCCACAUUAAAUAUAAGAAUCAAGUAGUGUAUUCCACGAUGUUGGUCUUCUUUAAAAAUGCUUUUCAGUAUGUCAGCAACAUCCAGCCAUCACUCUUUCAAGGUCCAAAUGCUCCAAACCAAACUCCACUGGUUCUUCUUGAGGAUGUACCCAACAUCUAUGGUGAUACAGAUAUUGAUCGUAACAAACAUAUCCACAAAAAGAGGAAACUUGCUGAAGGAAGAGAAAAAACAAUGCAGAGCUCAGAUGAUGAGGAUCCUUCUGGGAAGGCAAGAAGUCGCCACAUUACAGUAAACAAGGCUGAUCUUGCAAACUCCAUUGAAGUAUUAGAGAGUUUCAAACUAGCAAGAGAGAGCUGGGAGCUGCUGUAUUCUCUGGAAUCACUUGACAAAGAGUUCACCAGAAUUUGUUUGUCAUGGAAGACAGAGACCUGGCUUUGGUUAAGAAUCUUUCUUACAGACAUGAUCAUCUACCAGGGGCAGUACAAAAAAGCAAUUAGCAGCCUACAUCAUUUGGCAGCUCUUCAGGGCUCUCAUUCUCCCCAGCAAAUUACAGGACAAGGAUCUUUAGAAAAUCAGAGAGCACUAAUCCAGUUAGCAUCGUGCCACUUUGCCCUCGGAGAAUAUCGGCAAACAUGCGAAAAAGUGCUUGACCUCAUGUGCUGUAUUUUACUUCCAAUACAAGAAGGAGGUAAAGUACAAGAGGAGCAACCUAAAGUCAAGUCUAAAUUCAGGAAAGGGUCUGAUUUGAAGCUUUGGCCAUGUACCAGUAGAGCUAUCAUGCCUUACUGCCUUCAUCUGUUGUUAGCUUGUUUCAAGCUCAGAGCUUUCACAGACAGCAGAGAUGAUAUGGCGCUGGGCCACGUAGUUGUUCUGCUUCAGCAUGAGUGGCCAAGGGGUGAGAACUUGUUCCUGAAAGCCAUCAACAAAAUCUGCCAGCAAGGAAACUUCCAGUAUGAGAAUUUUUUCAACUAUGUCACAAAUAUUGAUAUGUUGGAGGAAUUUGCUUAUUUAAGAACACAGGAAGGAGGGAAAAUUCAUCUGGAACUGCUGCCAAAUCAAGCAAUGUUGAUCAAGUGUGGUGUUGCUCCAGGCUGGACCUGUUAGGUUAUUAACUUAUUCUAGAUAGCACACAGAGAUAAGAAUUUAACUUCCCGGAGAAGACAAAGUGUUUUUCACCUGAGACAGCUUUUGGUGGUUAGUUCAUGUGGCCCUGGUCAUAAAUAGGAGGUUGCUCUGAGUGGGCAGUUGUGCUCUGGCAUUGUGCCAUGCUCUAACAGCUGUUUUUGUAUGCAGUUAGGAUUUGUAAAGGUGGAAAAGGCCAUCUGUGGGCUAAUGAAAAGAUACUUGGGCAACCUUUAACGAACACCGCCAUGUACUCAACCUGGCCGAUACCCGCUGUGCAUGCACUCGGCUUGGGCUCAGCAGCAAACCCCUUAACUCCAAGCUGUGGGCUCUCCCAGUUUGCUGACAUGCUCUUGCCAGCUCUGGAGGGAAGCUGUGAUAUCUGCAGUGCUCCUCUGAUUAAAUCUUUUCUGACUAAUGUGCUUCCUUGGAAGAGCUGUGACAGUUCAUCGUAUUACAACUGUGUAUUGGUUUUGCACUUGAUGCUGUCCUUUCUCUUGGUGUAACUGUCCAAAAAUAUGUGUAAUAGUUAGACCACAAGUGUAGAACAGCCUUGCAAUGAAAUCUGGGGAUAUGUGCAUGUUUGAUGCUGUUGGAGUCCUGCACCCCUUUGGCUGCUCGGUGGUCAUACUGCUGUGUGAGCUCGCCCUAGGUUUUUGUUACUCCUUUUUUUGGAGAGUUGUUUUGCACCAGAGGUGGAGUUGGUGUGUGGGUGUUUGAAUGCUGCUAUUUGCUGUUUC